AUGAGGACUGGUGUCAAGGAAGGUGACAUCAACAACCACGAACAUAUGAGGACUGGUGUCAAGGAAGGUGACACCAACAACCACGAACAUAUGAGGUCUGGUGUCAAGGAAGUGCUUGGUAGUAGUAUAGGUGGACUGUAUAUCCCCGAGGGUUUGGGUAGUAGUAUAGGUGGACUGUGUAUCCCAGAGGGUUUGGGUAGUAGUAUAGGUGGACUGUAUAUCCCCGAGGGUCUGGGUAGUAGUAUAGGUGGACUGUAUAUCCCCGAGGGUUUGGGUAGUAGUAUAGGUGGACUGUAUAUCCCCGAGGGUUUGGGUAGUAGUAUAGGUGGACUGUAUAUCCCCGAGGGUUUGGGUAGUAGUAUAGGUGGACUGUACAUCCCCGAGGGUUUGGGUAGUAGUAUAGGUGGACUGUACAUCCCCGAGGGUUUGGGUAGUAGUAUAGGUGGACUGUACAUCCCCGAGGGUUUGGGUAGUAGUAUAGGUGGACUGUGUAUCCCCGAGGGUUUGGGUAGUAGUGUAGGUGGACUGUAUAUCCCCGAGGGUUUGGGUAGUAGUAUAGGUGGACUGUAUAUCACCGAGGGUUUGGGUAGUAGUAUAGGUGGACUGUAUAUCCCCGAGGGUUUUGGUAGUAGUAUAGGUGGACUGUAUAUCCCCGAGGGUUUGGGUAGUAGUAUAGGUGGACUGUAUAUCCCCGAGGGUUCGGGUAGUAGUAUAGGUGGACUGUACAUCCCCGAGGGUUUGGGUAGUAGUAUAGGUGGACUGUACAUCCCCGAGGGUUUGGGUAGUAGUAUAGGUGGACUGUACAUCCCCGAGGGUUUGGGUAGUAGUAUAGGUGGACUGUGUAUCCCCGAGGGUUUGGGUAGUAGUGUAGGUGGACUGUAUAUCCCCGAGGGUUUGCCGUAA